AUGUUGGGCUCAUCAUCGAUCUUCGGAUCAUCACCAAAGAGAAAGAGAGAAGAAAAUGUGGUAGAGCAACAACAACAAGAACAAGAUGCUGGCUCAUCAGCAUCACAACAAGUGGUUGAUUCUAUUUCUGCUGGCUUGGAUGAAGAAUCUUUGCAAAUUGUUGAAUAUUUCGAGAAGAGAGAUGCUGAUCAACAAAAGUUAAUUGAUGAAUUGACGAGGGAGAUGGAAGAGUUGAAUUUGGAAAAAUCGAUGGAAACUUUUAUGAGUAAAUUGAUGGGUAAAUUGGUAUUGGAUGAAUCCGAUGAUAAGAAAGCUUCUGCUGUUGCUGCUGUAGUGGAUGACAAGAGAUUAAAGCAAAUCAAGCGUAUGCAAGCUGAUGAAAAUAUUGUGUUAAAAGUUGGUGGUAGAUUAUUCUAUUCUACAAUCAAGACACUUUCCGGAGAGGGACUUAUUCUCGAGAAUUCAUCAGAAAAGCAACAAAAUGAUCAACCAGCUGAUCUUGACAAGAAGAGUGACAAUUUAUUCAAAGUCAUGUUUUCUUCUACUUUUUCAAUUCAAUAUGUAACUACUGAAAAUGGUAUCAAAGCAAUUAAUUUUGAAGAUAGAAAUCCAGAUAACUUUGAAUAUAUACUUGAACAUUUGAGAGCGAAUGGACGAGUUAAAUGUUUAGGCUUGGAAGAAUUGAGUUUUGAAAAGUUAACAGGUAUCCAAGAGGAAUCUCAAUUUUUCCUCACUGACAAAUUAACAAACUAUAUUGACAAGCUUUUGUUAAAGAAACAAGAAAACCUUAUUGCGGAAAGUAUGAUAUCUGUACCACAAUCCUCUACUGCUAUUUCCCAAUCUGCUAAAUCCACUAUUGAUGCACCAAUUCCAAUUAAAACCAGUUUACCAGUUGAGUGGUUGGAACAAUUCAAAAAGUUUGACCUAUCCAACAAGGAAAGAAUGUUCGAAUUAAUUGAUACUACCAAAGCUCAAAUUAAUUUAACAAAGCAACAAAUCAUUGACUUUUCCAACUCCCUCAGAGAUAAAUUGGUGCAGUUUAUGGAUGGUGGUGAAAACAAUGAAAGUGAUUUGAACAUCAAGUUGGAUGUUUCAGGUACUUGUUUUAACAUUCCAUUCAAAAUUUUCAAGGUACACAAAGAAUUUAUUGUGUACGACUUUAUCCUUUCUGAAAACUUUGCAUUAACUUCAAAGGGAACAAUUUUUAUUGAUAGAAAUCCAGAACUAUUCCAAAUUAUCUAUAGUUAUCUCAUCAGUGGAAAUUUCAACAAUUUCCCUUUAUUGACACCAUCCAAUAAGAAGCGUUUGAAACACGAGGCUCAAUUCUAUAGACUUAACAAGUUUAUCAAUGAAUAUUUUGACGAAUGUAGAUACCCUGUUGAAACUAUUGGUACUGAAAAUAUCAAGAUUAAAGAGCAAGAAGACUAUCUAAGAGAGUUAUUCGUUAAGGAUAGAAGUAAUCCAAUAUUGGAAGAUAAGUAUUUGUUGUUGGCACCUAUUUUUGCCCUGAGACAUCAAAUUGAUGGAUUAGCCAAAGACAAGUACAAAAUUCCUAACUGUCCAAAAUUACUUAACUUUUGUGAAGCACCAAGCUAUUCAAGAUAUGUCUCAGAGCCUGUUAUGGUUAAAUCCCUUGAAUAUUUCAAAUCUUCAUGGAAGUUUGCUACAUCUGGUUUAUUAGAAGGUCUUGAUUGGAAUAAUGUAUUUGCUGCAGGUGGUAUGGUUCUUGGUUGUUUAUUAGAGGGAAAUAAUGCUAAAUCUUACAAAAAAUUUAUUUCUACAAGGUAUGGUAACCAAAAUGAUAAAUCGAAGCCAACUCUCAGAGAAAAGCAAGACAGUGACGAUGAGGAAGAAGGUUUUGAAGAACCAACUGUUGCUCAAGUCACUCAAACAAUUAAAGACACCAUUGAGACACCCUCCUCAAGUGAAUAUAUGAAAUUACCGUACAAUUAUCAAUAUUCAGACUACCAGUUUAAUCAACUCAGAAAUAGGAGCACAAUGCCAACAACCUAUCAACAUCAACAACAUACAAGUUUGUAUGGAACUCAAAGUAUUUUUGGUGCAGUUCAACAAACACCAGCAGCCUUUAGUAUUUCAAGUCUUUUGUCAAGUAGCACCACAUUGCCUCCAAUGACAAUGGGAAUGCCACUUGCAAUGACUAUGCCUACUGCUACAUAUCCAAUGCCUACUUUGGGAAUGACUAUGCCUACUGCCACACCUCCAAUGACAAUAGGAAUGCCACUUACAAUGACUAUGCCUACUGCAACACCCUCCUCCUCCCUCUUUGGUUCUACAGUUGACUCUCCAUCAGCUCCUUUAUCUACUCCUCCAACUGAAUUCCAAGAUUCAGAUAUCGAUCUUUUCCUGUAUGCAUUGACUCCUGAACAAGCUGAAGACAAACUCCGUCAUAUCUAUCAAGUUAUUAAGAAUAAUUCUGGAAAGGAUAUUCUUGUUGUAAGAACUCAAUUUACUGUAACAUUCUACGCCCAAAAAAUUAUUCAAGUUGUUUUAAGGUUGUACAAAUCUCCAGCUGAAAUAUUAUUAGGUUUUGAUAUUUGUGCUGCUUGUGUGGGUUAUGAUGGUUCUCAAGUAUGGUCGAAUGCUAGAGCAAGAAGAGCUUUAGCACAACAAACCAAUCUCAUAGAUCCAGACAGAAUGUCCACUUCUUAUGAAGCCAGACUUUACAAGUAUGCUCGUCGUGGAUUCUCAGUCUCUGUUCCUGGUUAUGAUCCUGGAAAAAUCAAAAAUCACUUCCUAAUGUUCCCUAGAACAUACAGAUCACAACAUAUUGACGUUCAUGGUCUGGCAAAAAUAUUACUGAUGGAUUACGCUAACAAAUCACCAAAAACAUCUUACAUCCUCUCUGAAUUUGAGCGUAAUAAGGCAUUGGAAAAACAAAUUGCAAGAGAAAGGUUAUUGAAAUAUUUCGACAAGGAUUUCAAAUCAGACUAUGAUGACAUUCCAGUGUAUCGUUUAUCUAACAUCUUUUUUGGAAACGAAAAUCAAGGACAAUAUUUAUUUCAAAGGUUCUCCAGAAGGGUUGAAUUGUUCCAAAAAAUUUCCAAAAUUCCAAACUGGAAACCAUACUAUAUAUUUGCUUUAAAUGAUGUUGAAACAAUUAUUAAUGAUACAUCCAACUCUUCUAAUUUAAGUGAAAAGAUUCAAUGGAUACAAAUCAACCCAGGUUCCCAAAAAAUUGGAAGUUUCAAACCUGUAAUGUCAAACUUUUAUAGUGACGCCUAUAAUUAUGCUACUACUUUACAGCCAAAUAAGACAAGAAAAAAGAGAGUGGGUAAACAAACAUACACAGCCAUCUGGAGUUGGGAAAAGAAUAUUUCAGCACAUACCUAUGAAAACUAUAGUAUGCUUAUUUCUAACAAGAUUGAAUUAGCCUAUAGAAAGUAUUGUGAUUCCACAAGCUACCUAACAUCCUCAACCGCUCCAACAACAGUACCAAUUAUGGAUAAUUAUCAUAUUGACUUUACAUGCAUGCAACAAAUUAAUAGUUCUGAUCCAACCAGAAGAAGAAAAGUCCAAAGACAAGCUCCAAUUACUUAUACCUCAACUUUUGAGGAUGUGCCUGUCAGAGAACUUUCAAGCAAAACUUAUUAUUAAGUUAGUUUUUCACACACAGCAAUAAACCAUCUCCAAAUUGCAUCAUUGU